AAUAAAAACUCAAUCAUUACUGCUACUACCAAGAACCGUAUCGCGUGUGCUUGUGCCGGGUAUGACACGGCUUUUGGAAGGGGGGAGGGACCGAACAAUGUGCAGAUUUGUUCACCGCAUAACGUCACAACCUCUGGUUCGUGUGCUAGUGCAGACGUGUUUCGCAAGAGUGUUUAAAUCCCAAAGCAAAUGUAAACCAGUGAAAAGUGCAGUUAUUUGAUUGAUUUGAUCGGUGUAUUUAACUCAUAUAACGUAUAACGAUUACGAUGGCCAAUGAUGUGAAAUUGUGCGUUGCGGAACCGAUGGGCAUCCCGAGCGGCACCUCGACGCCGAAAGUAGAAAAGCGGUGUGCUGUAGAGGCGACGGCGCUUCUCGAAAAUGCGUUCACACCGUACCGUACCGGUAAAAAGCGCCUCGUGCUAGAAUGCGACAGAACACCGUUGGUUACAGCUAGUUUGAAUAGUUCAACUCGUUCGUUGGCGUUAUCGACCCCCGGUCGAAUUGUUUCAACUUCCCGGAUGAUUAGCAUCACUCGGGGCAUACAGACGUGUCCGCCGCAAACGAGUAACCGCUACUGCCAGGUGUCGGUGACACGCAUCCCAAAGCCGACCACAUCUACGUUCGCUCAGACGGACGAUAAUGAUCCAGCGGCAACUCGAUCGCCGCAAAAACCGAUCGCUUGUAGUGAAAUCGCUUGUCAAACGGACGUGCCACCACGCACAGAAACAACGGUGGCCACAACGCAGACCAUAUCGUUCGAAAAGGAACGAUCGCCCUCACCACUAGUGCAGCGGGAGGAUGCUGCGUGCCAAGCCGACGUGCCGAUGGAAGUGGCUGCAACGGCGGUUUCAAACGAAGCCGUUGAAGAACAGCAACCGCCGCUCGGGCAGGAAUAUGAUUCGGAUAAUUCCGAACCGAUAGCUGAAUCCAUUUCGGCCAUCCUGAACAACAUUGCCGAACAGUACGGAAUCGAAUUGCAAUCAUCUACAGAAAAGAAGAAUAAGAAGAAGAAAGCCCAAAAAGAUGCUAAGCAGAAGGACCAAAUCGACCAAAUCGAGAAGCGUCUGGUGAACAAAACGUACAAAGCGAUCGCGUCCAAAGUCGAUGAGAAGCUGUCCACGAUUCUAGCGAAGCAGGUGGAAGAGUACGGGCGCAAAACGGUGGCCAGUCGACAGCGGCUAGUUCGCUGGACGAAGAACUUCAUACGUCUACAGCACCGGAAUCGAACGACCGCAGCUGGCGCAACCGGGGGCGGUGGUCGCAAGGUGAUUUUGGUGCGCAAGAUAGUGCGUCCCCCAAAGUGUCUCCCCCUGGAGGAAGUGGCGGUGCAGUGCGAUGCGGCCGAGCUGGCAACAACGGCUAGGACCACCGUCGGUACGCAGUGGCAGCGACAAAAACUAAUGGUAACGAAGAAGAAACCUGUCUCGGCGAAGAAAAAUGAACCUAGUGCUGCAGGGGGGGCCAGGCGGCAGUCGAUGCGUCAAACCAAACUCUCCAGCUACGCCAAGGAGCAAACCGAUAGAAAAGACAUCCAAGGAAGGCAACCGCCAGAGCGGAAACAACAAGGAGAACGUUCCACCAAAUCAUCAAAACUAGCCACUGCAGAACCGGUGCCAGCGCCAUCCACUACCACAAAAAAUAAGAAAGCUUCAACACCACCACCACCACCUCCUCCACCUCCACCACCAGCAUCGACACCGAGGACCAGAAGGAAAUCGCGAAGCGGAAAGAAACCGGCACCCACGGUUCCGCCGGAAAAAAUACACAUCGACGAAACACCGCCAGCUUCAUCAUCAUCCGACAGUGAGCCAGAACGGAAGCAUUUCCCCUAUCGCUCACCCCCACGCUACCCAUCCCAGUGCUCCAAGUCGACCGAAACUUCAUUCUUGACGCCGACCCGCAUUCGGAAGCUUGCGCCUGACCAGGCGGACACUGAUCGACAGUCGCUUCGCAGCCGAUAUUGUGAUGCCCGGGACUCAAACACCCAUCUGCUGAACCCAUCCGUAUUGCUCAGUCCCAUGGAGCGCAUGUACAUGGGACCGACAGCGACGGCGGCACAAACCAACAAUCGUCCCGAGUAUAACACCUUUCUCGUGCCAUUGAGACCCACCGAAAGCAUACCGCCCACCCCGCCGAGAAUGUUAUAUCUGAAUGCGCCCGAGCGUCGCGUGCUGUUGCGUUCUCGUCGCAGCACCGGUGGGAUGGUGCGAGAAAAACCGCCCGAAAUAAGCAUCAUCAGCAGCCAGCAGCUAUACUCCCAAAUCGGACUGGCCGUAGAGAAAGCGCUCAAGGCCAAAAAUAUGCCCACACUGGAUACCAUGUACGGUGAUCCGCACAUCGAGGUGUUCAAUCAAACGGAACAUGCAGAGCAGGAUAGUAGCGAUACCCGCGUAGUGGAUGGCCGCGCCGAAGCAAGAGCAGCCAGGCAGCACCAUCAGACGGUGACGGAUAAAUUCGUGUGCAGCAGUGGCAAGGAGGAUAUGGCACUAUUGGGGUCGCAGCAGCAGCAGCCGCUAAGGAGACCGCCAUUUCACACAGAACGUUCGCCGAGUCUCUCCCCGAUUGUCUACCAGGAUGACAACAGUGGUGACGAGAUGUUGUAACGAUCGGAUCAGGAUGACGAUCCAUUUCACUUUGCAACUGGGUGCCUUUUCAUGGUAAGGAAAACGUAUUGCAUGUUAGCUAGCUCUUUACAGUCUGGUUUACCAACAUGUGCUGAAGCGGCAAAUUAGAAUUUCAUUUAUGGGCAACUGGCUGGCACGAUUAUACGGAUAAUAGUUACACGGCAAUUUUAUCCUACUGCUUGGUAUGCUUUUUAUUUCAACUCUUGCAGCACGUUAUCUUACAAUUACAUGCGGUAUUCUUCUUUCUCUUAACUCUGUCAGUGGGAGUAGUAAUUAUCAGGCAAAUUUAAAUGUUAUUAAUUAGGUUAGCAUAGCGACUAUGAUACUCUAUUUUUGAAUACUCUGAAGUUAUUAAUUUGAUUAGCAUAGCUUAUGAAGCCAUAAUUUUGUUAUUUUUCUGUAAAUUGAAGAGAUAAUAAAUGAACUUGAGUUGUUACGCGCGCAUGAA